AUGAAUAAAAGCAAUUCUAAAGCCUCACUCGAAGACGAAAUAAAUGAUGUCAGCGUUGUCCUCGGUUCAGUUAUAUCAAGGCGUGAGAUGCUGGAGCAGUCAAAAACUGCAGCGAAAAUUUUAUUCCCUUCUUGUUGGAUAGCUGAGUUGGUUAUUUCAAAUCGACAUCAGCCAUCAAUCAAUUGUCCUUUAGAAGUACUUAUGCGCGAAAUCAGAAAUUCCUCCAAGGAAGAAAUUACCAUCAAAGAAGUGCCAUAUGAUUUUGUUAAGCACUUAGCAUCUGUUAGUGAACAACAAAAGCCGCCGAAAUUUAAUUCAAAUAGUAAAACUCAACAACUCAUAUCGUUUGAGUUGGACACAGGAAAUAAGCAUGGUGAACAUGUUGCUAAUUUUGUAAUGAUUUUGGAUUCCCUACCUAAGGGAUACAUUCACAAGGCGAUGUUAUUUAAAAGUCAGCUAUCAUCUACAAUAGGCAGAAUUAUUCGUCUAGAACAAUUGAAUGAUGUUUCACCAAUGUCACCUAUAUUGCAAAGAAGAGAUCCUUGUUGCAGUCAGAGCACAGAAGCAUCAACAUGGAUUAAUCGACAGGAUAAAAUGAUGAUCUUAAAGCUUUGCGAGUCACUCUGGGAUGUGGAAACAGGCCGCUUGCAACAUAAAGUCUUUAGAUAUUUGAUGGAACGUACAAAUGCAGAAAAUGGUUUCAUUGUUAUGCGAAACGCAGAUACUUCGGAAUUAGUUUGUUAUUGUACUGGUGACGAAAUAUUUGAUGAAUCCACCUAUAUUGAACAUGAAAGCUUUUUUAACAAAAUAAUGCAAACGCGUGAAGUAUUUCGUACUAAAACUCUUAAUUCAGAACAAAAGAAGCUUUGCUUUCUGUGCUCACAAAUAGUCAUCUACACGUGA